AGCCGGCGCGGGCGGGUGAGGGGGGCCGCGGGACGUCAGGGCCUCACAGGCCCUGGAGCCAGGAACUUCCCCGGGCUGAGUCACCUCGUUUGGGGCGCCAUUCCAAGGCAGCCAGACAGAGCCUCCUUGGCCGACAGCCCUUCCCGGGCUCCCCCCACCCCCCCGUUGGUGCAGGGGCGCCGUCCGGUGCUGGAUGGCCUGUCCCGAGGUCACCGCUUCUGAGGGCUGGCCGGGGCCCGCCUGUCCUGUGGGGCGCUGCGAUGCGGCCAGGAGCCAGGAGAGCGCCCCUCCUCCCCCGCCAUGAGCCUGGACGUGCACUGCGAGCAGCUGAGCGCCACGCGCUGGGCCGAGCUGCUCCCACAGAUCCGGCUGCACCCCGUGGUCAGGCUGGAGGACUGCGGCCUCACGGAGGCCCAGUGCCAGGACCUCAGCUCUGCCCUCCAGGCCAACCCCUCCCUGACCGAGCUCAGCCUGCGCGACAAUGAGCUGGGGGACGCCGGCCUGCGCCUGGUGCUGCCGGCUCUGCAGAGGCCCACCUGCGGGGUCCAGAAGCUCAGGGCAGCCUGGCGCUGGCUGGGUCGCCGGCCCACGCAGCGCGAGGCCCCACGAGAGCGGGGCCCACAGGGUGCCCCCUGCCGACCUGCCGUGGCUGCGGGCUGUGGCCCGCGGCAGCCUCUGCUCCGGCCCCCCUGGCCCUCGGCGGCCCCGUCCUGGCGGCUCAGCCCUGCACCGCGCCGUGGCCUGAGCCGUGGCCGGCGGGAGGCGGUGCUGGCUCUGAGCUCGGCCCACGGGACCUCAGGUGAGACUGUUAAGGGCGCCCCAGAGUGA